CAUACUUCGAUCUAUGCAAUCUGUUGGUGUGUUGUAAUAUCAUCGUGCUUAUUGUGAUCGUGUGUUGGUGUACUGUUUGUUCUUACUCUGGUCGAUCUUACACCUAAGUGGUCGACCUUAUUUUCUAAGGUAUGCUUUCAUUAUCAUGCAAAGAUUGUUCGGUGCUUAGCUAAUCAUCAAAUACAGGUCGACCUUGUCAUGAAAGAGGUCGACCAUAUUUUGCGAGUCUCGUGUGCUUGUUUACAAUUUUUUAUGGUUAGGUUGUUUCUAAUUAGAUCGACUAUGUCAACCCCUGAGGUCGACCGCUUCUAGUCUUCUCUAUACAUCUAUGUAUUUGUUGUUAGUUUGUUUCUAAUUAGGUCGACCACCGAAUUUGUGUUAUUUUGUAAUAUGGUCGACCUUACUUUUGGCGACGGUCGACCCGACGAGACCUAAUUUUUAUUUUAGUUGCAUAAAUUUAUUUUCCAUAUUGACAUACAAUUCUUAUUCCAAUUAUUGAAGAAUGAACAAUAGAAAUGAUAUAAAAUAUAGACAUGUUGAAGAGAUUGGGGACGAUGAGGAAACUAGGGAUGCUCGAGGAGAAACUAUGGUUAUUGAAGGUGAUAUAGAUGAUACAGAUGAUGAAGAGAUUGGGGACGAUAAUAAAACGAUGGGGGCUGAAGAAGAAUUUAUGGAUGAUGAAGAAGCUACUGAAUAUGAAAAACAAAUUCCUUCCAUAGAGUUUCAAACAUUAGAAGAUGAAGAGAAACUUUAUGAUGCCUAUGCUUAAGCAAAAAGGUUUAGCGUUCGACGGAGAGAUCUUCAAAGGAAUCGUCAAGGAGAAGUUACUAGGAGGAAAAUGGUAUGCUCGAGAGAGGGAAUUAGACAUAAGAGGCAUAUAGACAAAGAAGGUAGGACACGACAACAUCAUAAGAUGACAAGAUAUUUUUGCAAGGAAUCCUAUAAUGUACACUUUGAUCAGGGUAAGAGAAUGUGGGUUGUUUCUAAGUUCAAGAGGAAGCACUCACAUCAUUGUUGCAAUGAAGAAGAAACUCAAUUUCUACGGUCUCAUCGAAAUGUGAGUGAAGGAGACAAGGCAUUGGCGAUAGGGAUGCGACAGUCAGGAAUAAAACAACACAAUAUUGUUAAGUUCAUGAAGAAUAAAGUUGUAGUAUAUGAGCAUCUGGGGUACACUCCAAAGGAUUUGGAUAACAUUGUUCAGAAAGUCCAAAAAGAUGACGACGAUCUAAUAGGAUAUGUAAACCAUACAUUGGGUUACCUUCAAAGUAACAUACUUAUAAUAUAUGCAGUUCUUCAAGUACACAAUCAACAAUCAAGGUGAAUUAAGCAAUCUCUUUUGGUCUAACUCCACAUCUAGAGCAGAUUACCAUUUUUUGGGGAUGUCUUGGCGUUUGAUGCAUGCUAAAAAAGCCACAAGUACAAUCGGCCAUUUUUUAUGAUGGUUGGUGUAAAUCAAUACCACCGUUAAGUCAUAUAUGGUUUUGCCCAGUUGGAUAACUAGACAAUCCCCAACUACAUUUGGUGUUGAAUACUUUUCUGGAGUGUAUGAAUUCUAAGAUGUCGACUUCAUUGAUCACAGAUAGAUUCAAGUCUAUGCGUGACACCAUUGCUACUGUACUGGUUGGAGUGCCUCAUCGACUGUGUAUUUGGCAUAUUGAGACAAAUGCAACAACGACUGUUCGUAAUAAAGAGUUCAUUAGCGCAUUCACCCACUUGGCGAAAGCACGUAUAUCAACUGAGGAGUUUGAGAGUCGCUGAGAGCAUGGUUUCUUUGAAAAUAAGUGGUUGCGGGAUUUGUACGCUGACAAAUCACUUUGGGCAUAGGCAUACUUGAAGGAUAUUUUUUCGGUGAACUCCAAUCAACCUCACGAUGUGAGACAUGUAACCCUUGGAUAAAUGGGUAUGUAGGAACUCAAUACAGCUUGUAACAUUUUGUUCAGGGCAUUGAUGAAGCUUUGGGGGGAUGCGUAACACGGAGGUGCAUGAUGAUUAUUCUUCUAGGCACACGAGGUUGGAUUACAAGCAUGCCCUUCGCACAUGGGAAAGGCAAGCUGAAAGUAUCUACAGACAUCGUACGUUUGCUAUCUUCAAGUCUGAACUAGAGAACAAAGCUUCUUAUAUGUUAGCGGAGACAAGAAUUGAAGCAGAUGGGGCAGAGACAUUCAUUCUGAAGAACUGCAUGGACUCGAAUCGGAGAAUGAGUUUUAACAUUUAUUAUGACCAAUCAACAUCUAAAAUGUGGGUGUGCAUUGUUUGAAUCUAAGGGGUUUCCAUGCAAACAUAUGCUUACAAUCAUAAAAAUAAGGAAUUUACAACACUAACCUCCACUUGGUUCAAACUUUGAUGGACCCAAAAUGCAAAGACACUAUCUCGUAAUCUGGGAUUUGGAGGUGAUGUGACAGAGAAGUCGGUCGACUAAUAAGACAUGGGCGAUUGUCACUGAAGUGUAAGCGUUUGUGUGACAUCGCGUGUGGUGGUGAAUAUGCUUUUAAUCAUGUCUCUAAGGCGUUGGAUGACCUUACUCAAUGGGCAAUUGAGUUAUCGAGGGAGAGAAUGGAUAUCACUGCACCUCCAAACCCUCCAACACCCCUUCCAAGUGUGAAAGACCCAACAAUUGUGAAGACCAAGGGAACAUUCAAAUCAACACGUAGUGCAUCGGGCAAAAUCUUAAGAAAGUGUUCGAAAUGUGGGAAAUAUGGUCAUUUUCUCCUUAAGUGUCUGAAACAAAGUCUCGAAGAAGGAGCAUAAAUUUCUUGUACGGUUUUUAGGGCUUUAUCUUUUUAACUAUGAUUGUAGUGUUUUAUUUUCGCAAUUAUGUAUUUUCAAAUUAUCUUCAUAAAUAAGCAUUUGUUAUUUGGUGGUUUAAAUUAACUGAAAUAAAGAAAACGGUCCACCUGAUAGAUGACCAGAUCGACCAGCCUAGAAAAGGUUGACUGCGUCCUUGUUUGGCUGACUAAACCAGAUCUUAUCUAAAAAUACACUCAAAUCCUAUCCUCCUACCCCCUUUUACUUCACUAUUCAACAACCUCCUCUACUCAUUUUCUAUCUUCACCUCUUUCUUCUUUUCUCUCCUUUCCCUUCUUCUUCCACCAAAAAACAUAAAAGAAGCACCAAAACCUCUCAGCUGCUAAUAAGAAGAAUAAUGUGUGUUUCUCAUAUGUUCUUGUCAUUUGGGUUAGUUUUUGUUCGUUCAUGUUAGAUUAGAUUGUUUUUACCAAACCCCUAUAGCUGUAGAAAUUGGAUUUUUGCCUGCUGUUCACCAAAAUCGGUCGACCGCAUCCUUUCACUGGUCAACCAGUUUUGUUUGCAAUCGGAUGAUGAUUUGUUACGAUUUGAUUUGAAAUCCCCAAAAUAAGCAGGUUUUCUCGUUGUAAAUAGGUCGACCUUCUUCAUCCAUGGUCGGCCGAUAUUGUUUUGUUUUUUGUAAGAUGAUUUAAAUCUACAAAAUUAGUGUUCUUUUGUGUUCGCCAGAAUCGGUCGACCUUGUUCCAGAUGAGGUCGACAUAUUUUAUUUAGUUUCGUCAAUCUUAGCAAGGUGGACUCAUUUUUGUUUGAUUUUUGCUUCGGCUUGCAAAAAUAGGUCGAUCUAUUUACAAUCAGGUCGACCUAUAAUGUUUAGUUUCGUGAUAGUAGCAAAUUGUAAUAAUUUUUUUAAUGGUUUUUGCUUCUGCUUGUAAACAAAGGUCGACCUAGUUUGUUUGAGGUUGACGAUGAUGUUUGGUUUUGAUAAUUGUCGAAAACAUAUCAAUUCCAUGUGCUUAAUGUGAUUAUUUCAUAAUAUGUUUGAGACCUAUAAUACUUGUUUGAGGUCCAACUAAGCCUGGAAUGGUUAUAAAACCAUUACCAUCAAGUGCCAAAUGUUUUAUAUAUUUCAGGUAAAUGAAACGAGAAAUUUGCAUUGGUGGAUAGAAUAAUUCAAGUGGACUGGAUGUACAUUGGACCGGAACUUACUGAGGAGUUGAACCGGGAUUCGGCUUGGGCUGGACGAUUUGGACUUAGGUGGAAUUCUUUUUGGGCGGAACAAAAGAAACGGAACUGUGGAAGGAAUUGGGCCGGGCUUAUACCGGGGGACACAUAAUUGCUAGGGGAAUUAUUCUUGGACUUGGGCGGAAUUCUCUGGGCAUGAGGAGAGGAAUUCGGGGCAGUGAUUUAAUUGGUGGGGGAGUGGAGAAUUAAUGGACGGAAGCUGGGGACAGAAACUCGGAGGCAAUUAUUAAUCUGGGGAGAAGGCGGCACUUUUAUUAUUGUUUGGGGGAACGGAAACUCUUUGGGAGAAAGAGGCGCAGCGGAGAAGGCAUCAAGCGGCGAUUGGCGAGCGGCUAUCGGCGAUCAGUUCUUCAAGGCUUGAGCUGAAUUCAACGAGAGCGAUUAGUUGGUUGGAUUUUCUGAACCUAACUAGUUGUGUAUUGUUGAUUUAGAACAUGAUGAACAAAACCCUAUCGAUUUAUCUCAAUUUUGUCAUGAACUAAACCCCGAUUUCUAGGGGAAACACCAUAGGAUGUAGCUAUUUCUUGAUUUGAUGGAUUGAUUCAUGAUUCUUUUCUUCCAAUCUCUAUUGCAUGAAAUUUCUUAAUGCUUUGUGUUGACUGGCCACCAAUACAACGAUUUGUAGUUAAUUAGGUUAUUAGCGACAGUGAAAUCCUAUUAACCGAGCCUAUUUCAUGUGACAUAGUAACUUAUCGAAGCAAAAGUGGAUUAAAUAAGGUGCUAUGCGGUCUUAAAUAGGAUAUCGAUCUUCAGGCUAUAUAGUUAAUUCAUUGAGCUACGACAGUAGGAUUUGAAUUAAUUGUUUAGGACGUAGUAAUUCGCGACAGGGAUAGCUAGCACAUUCGUGAUAUCCUGGCUGUAGAGAUAUGGAUUAAAUUGAUUGGAAUAUGUGAAUUAAUCUAGAUAGGAUAGGUAGUGAAUCCCGGUGUUUCUCCCAGAGCUUUCUCCCAUUGAGUUAAACCCGACAGUUUUCACUUGCUUAAUUUGUUUAGUUAAUUUUGCUUUUAGUUAAUAAUUUCAUCUCUUAAACAUUUUCACCUAUAGUUUGCUCCAUAGAAUUAAUAGAAUAUAAGGUUGUACCAGUCCCUGAGAGACGAUACCCGGAUUUCCGGUUUUACUACAAGAUAGGAUUAAGGCAUACGCUUUUGCCCUAUCAAGUUUUUGGCGCCGUUGCCGGGGACUGCCAUACCUUAUUUUUGUUGAUUUUUGUGAGUGAACUAUUUUGAUCUGUGUGCUAGUGUGCAGAAGAAUUUUCAGGUUUAUCCUCCUCGUGCAUGCCUAGGAGGACAACUGGCAAUUUACUGCCCCUAGACCCGGAGAUCGAGAAGACCUGCCGACAGAACAGGAAGCAGGUCAAGUUAGGGAAGCAACCAACCACAACUCCUAGGCCUUCUCUAACCAAGAGAGGGCAGGCUUCAUCACCUGUCAUCCCUACACCACCGACACCACCACCUCGUGACAUCGAGCCUGUCAUCAUGGCAGACGAGGAUCGUUCGAUCAGGGCUCGUUUGAAUCGACGGACUGGAGCCCGAGCUUCAUGUGUUGUCAUUCCGGCUGGGGAUGCAACCAUGGAAAUUACCCCAGCAUUCAUAAAUAUGAUCACUAAUGGGUACACCUUCUCAGGGGCUAGCACCGAGGAUCCUCAUGAGCAUCUUCGCCGGUUCGCGAGCAUAUGUGAUACGAUGAAGAGCCCGACCGUGUCUGAUGAUGCAAUCCGUCUUCGGAUGUUCUCAUUUUCUCUGCUAGGGAAUGCAUCACACUGGUUCCAGAACUUAACACCCCGUUCCAUCACGACAUGGGGUCAGCUUGAGAAGGUAUUUCUGGAUAAAUACUUCCCACCUGCCUUGGCAAUGAAGAGGCAAGAAGAGAUUGUUACUUUUAAGCAGGCUGAUGAUGAGAGUCUGACUGAGGCAUGGGAGCGCUACAAGGGGCUGUUGAUGAGAUGCCCAAGCCAUGGUCUUGAAGAUUGGAACGUGAUCAUUAUUUUCUUCAAUGGAAUCAGAAGGGAGUUUCGGGAUGCCCUAAAUAAUGCUUCUCGAAAUGGUUUCACAAGGAUGGAGGCUCCAGCAGCAUAUGAACUGGUAGAGAAGAUCUGUUCAGAAGCCACUGAAUGGGGUAGUGAGACCAGUAUUCAAAGGAGAGGAGGCUUGCAUGAGAUAGACAGAGUUGCAAGUUUAGAAGCAAAGAUUGAUGCUAAGCUGGAUUCCAAGUUCGAUGCACUCGAACGAAGGCUGGCCAAGAUUGCUUUGGGUAGACAAGAGGAGGUUGCUUCAUGUGAACUUUGCGAGGGUCCUCAUCAUAGGGAUAUGUGUCCGCUGGGAGCUGCUCAGUUGGAAGAUAUUCAGUAUAUCAAUAAUCCACGAAGUCAAGGUCAGGGUGGUAUGUAUUCAAAUACAUAUAACCCUCAAUGGAGACAUCACCCCAAUAUGUCAUGGUCAAACAAUAAUCCAGCUGGUGUUCGAAACAUCCCACCUCCUGGUUUUCAACAGCAGCAGCCUCAACCAGAGAAGAAGCCCCAGCUGGAGGAGUUGAUUUUGGCUCAUAUGCAGAAAACAGAUAAUAAUUUCAAGGGUCUGGAUCAAUUUGUCACUCAACAGCUAGCCAUCAACAAUAAUUUACAAUCGUCUAUGCUAGCUAUGGAGAGGCAGAUGGGACAGAUGGCUCAAACUUUGGCAGAUAUGCAAGGCAGGAUUCCUGGGACAUUACCAGCAAAUACUGAGAGGAAUCCGAAGGAUGCCAUGGUUGUAGCAGUGGCAUUGAGGAGUGGAAAGGCCUUGGAAGACCCUAGCAGCUCGAAAAAGGCACCAGAGGCAGAAGAGGAAGCACCAGAAGAAAGAUCUUGUGCAGAAAAUGAAGAAUCAGCCUUGCACAGGCAAAAUGAAAGCGGUUUGCCUGUGCAAAAGCAUGCUGCCCGUGUACCUCAAAAAGUGGAAAAAUUGAAGAAUGAAGAGGUAAAGCCUUAUGAACCUCCCGCACCAUUCCCUCAAAGGUUAAUGAAGCCCAUGGAAGACCCAAACUUCAAGAAAUUUGUGAAUAUCUUCAAGCAACUUCAUAUCAACAUACCGUUGGCGGAGGCACUUGAACAGAUGCCUACAUAUGCUAAAUUCUUAAGGGAGUUGCUGACAAAGAAGCGCAAAUGGGCUGAUCUAGAGAAGGUAACCCUUACUUCUGAAUGUAGUGCUGUGAUUCAGAAUAAAUUACCAGAAAAGAGGGAUGAUCCGGGCAGCUUCACCAUUCCAUGUGUCAUUGGAGGUACAGAAUUCAAUAAAUCACUUUGUGAUCUUGGAGCAGGAAUUAAUUUGAUGCCAUACUCAGUCUACAAGAAAUUGGGAUUGGGAGAUGUUCUUAAGCCUACUCGGAUCACUCUCCAAUUGGCUGAUCGAUCAGUAAAAAUUCCGAAAGGAGUGGUGGAAAAUGUAUUGGUGAAGGUGGGGAAGUUUAUUCUCCCAACAGAUUUUGUUAUUCUGGAGAUGGAAGAUGAUCGAGGAGUGCCUCUAAUUCUCGGCAGACCUUUUCUAGCAACUGGUGAUGCACUCAUCGAUGUUGGGAGAGGCAAGUUGACAUUCCGAGUAGGUAAGGAGGAGGAAAUUUUUAAUGUCUUUCAAGUUGACCAUAAUCAUGAUGAAUUUGAAAGUGGAGCUCGAGAAAGGGAAAAUUCUUCUUCCUGUGAUAGUGGACCACCCAAAGAACUAUCACAUGUCCUAGCAGCUGAAAGUCUGAAAUCAAAGCAAGGGCAGAAAUCCUUGCCAGGUUACCUCAAGUAUCGAUAUUUGGGUAAGGAUUUCAACCUUCCUGUUAUUAUUCCUUCUUCACUAACAUCAAAACAGGAAGAGUACUUGCUUGAGGCACUGCAGUACCACCUACGCCUCACUAAAGGGUCUAACAUGCCAGCUAAGAAGGUCGUACCCAAUUUUCGCACACCUGGCCCUGCAGAGGUGACUCAUAUGUUGGAUGGAGGUUAUGCGUUUUAUCAUUGCUCGGGAGGGUAUGCUGGAUACCUUUCCAUACCCAUUGGUUAAAAGCUCCAUGAACGUCAGGCUGAGGACGUUAAACAAGCGCUUCUUGGGAGGCAACCCAAGGUAAGUUUUCUUUUCUUUAUUUUUCUUUUUUGUUGUGUCAAACCCGUGCAUGUUUAGAUUAGGAGUUGAACAUUAGGGACAAUGUUCCAUCCUGAGUGUGGGGUGGUGAGUCUUAGUGUUGUUUGUCCCUGUUUCAUGUGGUAAAAAAAAAAAAAUUCAAAA